UUUUAGCCGGAGGAAGAGAGAAAAGAAAGUGCCAGAGUGGAGUGAAGGAAGGAACGGCGGCGGGUUUCUUAUAUAUGCAGUAUAUGAGUGGAAAUGGAGGUGGUGGUUCCCCCGGUGGAGGAGCUCUGACGGUGGUCGGAGUGAAAAUGGAUUCCCGGAGCAAAGAGUUGUUGACAUGGGCUCUGGUUAAAAUUGCUCAGCCGGGAGAUUGCGUCAUUGCUCUUCACGUUCUCAAUCCCAAAAUAGAAGAUGAUGAAUCAGAGCUGCUGUCAUUGGUGAAGACGUUUGAUUCAGUGCUGGCCGCUUUCGAAGGCUUCUGCAACUUGAAGCAGGUUGGUUUGAAGUUAAAGGUAUGUAGAGGAUCGCCUAACCGUGUAGUCCUAGCCCAUGAAGCAAAAAAUUUACGGGCUAGAAAUUUGGUAGUCGGCACUUCAUACACCUACCAUACUGUCCUCUCGUCGGUUUCAGUUGCAAAGUAUUGUGCCCGGAAUGUUGGAAAGGCCAUCACAGUCACUGCUGUUAAUGACGGAAAAAUCGUCUUCCAAAGGACACCACCACCACUUGCUUCGGUUGGCCAAACAGGUCAUUUUAAUGUGCCCCAGAAGAGUUUUAAUAAUCUAGCUGUGGUCACUGUCAAGUGUAUGGAUCUGCAUGACUCAAAGAGAGGAUGGUCAUUGCUAAGAAGAUUGCAUCUUCAAAGCCAGAAGAUAAUUAGUCCAACCAAUCUACAAAGCGGGCACUCUUUUGCAACUAUUUACCCUGAUCACAAACAUGAUAUUUGUGAGGAAAAAGGAGAUGGUGUAAAUGUAUACACUUCAAGUGGAAGUAAUUCUCCUAAACUUCCUAGGGAACUAGAGUGUAUUUCCAAGAAGUAUACAUCCAUCUGUAGAUUCUUUAGCUACCAGGAACUUUUGACAGCAACAACUAAUUUCACACCAGAGAAUUUGAUCGGAAAAGGUGGGAGCAGUAUGGUUUACAGAGGACACCUUCCUGAUGGACAGCAAGUAGCUGUUAAGUUACUGAAACAGUCAAAAACAAUGGUGGCUCAAUUUUGUUCAGAAGCAGAGAUUCUUACAACUUUGCACCACAAAAACAUAAUAUCACUUUUAGGGUUUUGCAUCCGAGAAGGCAGCCUUUUGCUGGUUUAUAAUUUCUUGUCUAGAGGAAGCCUUGAAGACAAUCUCCAUGGUACACAAAAUGUUGGGAGUACAUUUGACUGGAAGGGCAGGUACAGCGUUGCUUUAGGUAUUGCAGAGGCAUUGGAUUACUUGCACAAAUUACCCGAAAAACCUGCCAUUCAUAGGGACGUUAAAUCUUCAAACAUUCUUCUUUCUGAUGACUUCAAACCACAGCUCUCUGAUUUCGGGCUCACAACAUUAGCUUCUUCAAAUUCAACAUCAUGUUACUUAGAUGGCAUCGACGUUGCUGGAACAUUUGGCUACUUGGCUCCAGAGUAUUUUACACAUGGAAAAAUAAGUGAAAAAAUUGAUGUCUAUGCAUUUGGUAUCGUGCUGCUUGAGCUUUUAUCUGGUAGAAAGCCAAUUGAUAAUAGGAAUACUAAGGGGCAGACAAGCUUGGUAUUGUGGGCAGAAGAAAUACUGAGGGAAGGAAAAGCUACAUCAUUGCUUGAUGUAAGCUUGGUUGAGACAUAUGACCCUGAUCAGUUCGAGAGAAUUAUUCUGGCAGCACAACUGUGUAUCAAACGUGAUCCAAUACUUCGUCCCGCAAUGAACCUUGUGGUUAAGCUUCUCCAAGGCGAACCAGAUGCCAUCAAUUUGGGAAGGCAACAUGUAAAUGGCUUAGAGGAAUCAAAUGGUGUAAAACAUGGAACCAACAACAUCCAAUCCCUGAUUAAUAUUGCUCUACUGAAUUCAGGAGACGAUAAUGUUCAUAACAUCUCCGUAGAGUCUUACUUGCAAGGAAGGUUGAGCUGUUGUUCCUCAAGCUUUGGUUAGAUAUUAAAAACAUUAUGGUUUCUCCUCAACAUAUUUUUCCCUUAGAUGGAUCCAGCAUUAU